GAACUGCUGAACUACAUGAGCCCUCCACAUUAUUCUUUAACCAAUACAGAGAUCACUUGUGCUAAGCCUGGAGCAGGUACUAAUACAAGACCAGUGUCUGGUGGACGAAGGAACCUUAACCAGGAUUAUACCUAUUCCUGCAAACCCGGCUUCACCGCCACCUCUGAAGAACUAAAUACCGUCUGUGAACUAAGCGGUAACGCACCCACUGGAAAGUGGACUAAAGAGCCACCCACUUGCGAAGAGAUCACUUGUGCUAAGCCUGGAGCAGGUACUAAUACAAGACCAGUGUCUGGUGGACGAAGGAACCUUAACCAGGAUUAUACCUAUUCCUGCAAACCCGGCUUCACCGCCACCUCUGAAGAACUAAAUACCGUCUGUGAACUAAGCGGUAACGCACCCACUGGAAAGUGGACUAAAGAGCCACCCACUUGCGAAGAGAUCACUUGUGCUAAGCCUGGAGCAGGUACUAAUACAAGACCAGUGUCUGGUGGACGAAGGAACCUUAACCAGGAUUAUACCUAUUCCUGCAAACCCGGCUUCACCGCCACCUCUGAAGAACUAAAUACCGUCUGUGAACUAAGCGGUAACGCACCCACUGGAAAGUGGACUAAAGAGCCACCCACUUGCGAAGAGAUCACUUGUGCUAAGCCUGGAGCAGGUACUAAUACAAGACCAGUGUCUGGUGGACGAAGGAACCUUAACCAGGAUUAUACCUAUUCCUGCAAACCCGGCUUCACCGCCACCUCUGAAGAACUAAAUACCGUCUGUGAACUAAGCGGUAACGCACCCACUGGAAAGUGGACUAAAGAGCCACCCACUUGCGAAGAGAUCAUUUGUGCUAAGCCUGGAGCAGGUACUAAUACAAUACCAGUGUCUGGUGGACGAAGGAACCUUAACCAGGAUUAUACCUAUUCCUGCAAACCCGGCUUCACCGCCACCUCUGAAGAACUAAAUACCGUCUGUGAACUAAGCGGUAACGCACCCACUGGAAAGUGGUCUAAAGAUCCACCCACUUGCGAAGCGGAAAGAAGUUCAACCCAAGGAACUCCCCUCAGAUGUCCAAGAGGCUUUGAACUUUUUGAAGGGAAAUAUUGCUUCCUCAUAAUAAGCAAGGCCGACAUAUGGGAAGUACAGGCACGGAAAUGCAAGGCCAAGAAGGGACAACUUGCAAUACCUCGCUCCGAAGACAAAGCCGAAGUUCUACAAAGAUAUCACACAGAGAACCUCAGAAACGACGUGUGGAUUGGACCCCAAUCUCUUGUUGUCAGCAAUGUCUUUACUGACUUUGAGUUAAACAGGCUUUCCUUCACUUACUUUAAGAACAAGAGGCCAGAACGAGCAAGUGGCAAAGGACAAGGACCCGAUUGUGUGUCUGUAAGUGCGCAGAACGGCAAAUGGACCAACGAAUGUUGUUACACCCGCCAUCCUGCUAUUUGUGAAACUGGGCCCAUCGGCGAUCCCGAGUGCGGUGAUGUUAGCGGGUACAUCUUCUUCCAAGAUCGUUGCCUGAGGUUUAUAACCAAUCCGGAUUCCUUUGAAGCCCAAUGCCAUGAAUGCAGAAGGCUCAAAGGUCGCCUAGCCCCAUCUCUGAACGAAGCACAAAAUGAAGCUCUGCUUGCAUUCUACAAAUCUGAAUCGCCAGCCAACGGCAAGCCAGCAUGGUUUAACCUACACAAUCUCAUCUCGAGUAGUAACUAUCAAACCACUGAACUUCUCACGUCGACUUUCUCUAAACUUCCUGGCAGAUCUUCAGACAGUGAUCGAUGUGUGAACAUAGGGUCUGGCGGAUGGGGAAAAGAGUGUUGCCACGAUAAACUUCCUGCAGUAUGUGAACUGAAUCGAUGCCCACAACAUUACAUACAGAGCGGUGAUACCUGUGUCCGUCUACUCCAGACACCCGAUACCUGGGAAGCCAGUGAGAAGAAAUGCCGCAAGGAAGGAGCAAGCUUAUUGGUAUUCCGGGACGCGAGCACCCGUAGCCAACUCCUUGGACUCCUUGGCAUAGGCAGUACGUUUGUGAGCGAAGGUUCCUGGAUUGGCUGUCAUGACCAGGUCGAGGAAAAGAAGAUCCAAACACCAUUCCUAAAGGACAUCGGAUUCUCUAGUCAGGUCAGUGGAAAUAACGCAGAGAGAGACUGCUGCCUUCUGAAUUCCGAUGGAAUUGCCAUGGGAUGCUGCUACGAGAAGCUACGUGCUGUAUGCUCUUUGCCACUAAAGAAGUAGCGUCCCUCAGGGAGCACAAUAGCUGACAUUUGAAACACUUGACUUACUUUGGUGUGCAGACCCGACUCUUUUCUAUGACCUUUAAACUCUUCUCACCUUUGACGCCUAUAUGGAAAUGGCCCUUUUCAACCUCAACGCAGGAGCGGGGAAAAGCUGUCCACAAUUGACCUGUGACCUAUGAACUCUCGUCACCUUAUAUAUAUAUAUAUAUAUAUAUAUAUAGAUAUAUAUAUAUAUAUAUACAAACGGAAGUGACUCUCCUCAAACUAGACACAUAAAUUGACAUCUCUGUUCGCAAAAGGGCAUAGUGUUUAUAUUGGAAUGAUAAUACAAAGAUCUUCAAAUAUCUGUCAUUACGUUUUGGUUCACCUGCCGCCAUUUUGAAGAAAACUAUCACACUAAAGUAUACUUUACUGUCGCUAUGUAGUUUAAGGUAUUAAUGCUGUAAACUUCAAUUAUACUUUCUAGACAAAGAAUCAAUUACGUUGGCAUCCAAGCACUUCAUGUUAUUUGAAGAUUCGCUGAGGAGGUCUGUGAACGUUGUAUAGUUAUCAGCAUUACCAUUUUCUAUUGGAACUCUGUCCAAUUAUUGUGCAAUAUACACACUAUUAAACUGUAAACUAUAGAUUCAAUCUGGUUAACAUUGUGUCUGAGAUAAACUUAACAUUCAAAGCAAUCUUUACUGACAUCCGUUUUUAAAAUUGAACUGAAUGUGGGGGAAAUUUCCUUUUUCUUUUUCAACAAACCUUCUAUUCGAAGGAAUUUGAAUCUGUUGUAUAUAUCUAUAAGCACACAGUCAUUAUAAUGUGUUAAUUGGUGGAAAAAUCUUCAACCUCUAUUUUAUGAUAUUUAUGUCAUAUACUUAAUUAUGUCAAUGCUUAAUCAUGUAUAUAAUUGACAUCCAUUACGUUUUCCUUCCUUUACAUGAUUGAAGUAUUUCCAUUGAUUCAAAUGUCACGCAAUGAUAAGAUGGUACUUGAUGCCAUCCCUAAACAAGAAAAAAUAAAAAUAACUCAAGAGCUUUUAAGUUAAUUGGAUAGAGCAACAGUUCUCGCAUGGAAUCUGCACAUAUCUUUGGCUGGUCCGGAAUGUGCACAUUCCAUUGGAGUUGUUGCUCCGAAAUUAAAAUCUCAACCAAUUCAGUAAUUUAAAUAAAAAUCAUUUAUUACCGACGAGAAGCAAAGGAAUAAUGUGUUUAUAUUAAAGGCAUUAACAUGAUCUUGAUCGGAAACAUUGAUAGCAUUAUGGUUAAAAAGUAUGCUGCUCAUAAAAUCAUCAAUAUUUUGAGGCAAUACUCUUGUCACUUCUAUAAAACUUCGAACUCAUUCAUUCAAGCAUCGGACUAGACUGGGGCAAAUUCAGUGUUUAGCGCUGGUGUGAUCACCACGCCAUUGUUUAGCACAAACUUGUAUAGAACCAGCAACCUUGUCCACUGUGUCAGCUAUCUCUAUUACGUGCCACCCGUUCUGUUUGCCGUCACAACAAAUUUAAACAGCAUUAAUCUUGGUUAUUUGCCAUAGUGAAGAGCGGCAGAAAUGUUCAACUCAAAUAGUUGGAAAGAUGAUCACAUCUAUCUAGAAUUGAAAGGCUCUAACACAUGUUCUACUGUAAAACAAGACAGUCAUAAAUUACUUGAAAUGUACCAUUAUAAAACUUUUUUGGCAAUGUGCAAUAAACUUAAUUCUUGGUGUUAAACAAA